GCCAAGGGUUAAAAAUAAAUAUUACGUCAUGCGCGCAAAGCAGUUUGGGAUCGAAGUGCGGACAAACACAACAUCCAACAUUCUUCAUCAUGUCAUGGCUGCCAAAAAAGGAGCAACAAAGCAUUGUUGUUGGGGAAAAUGCAACUCUGGCUCAAGGUAUUCUGAACGGCUGCCAGAAAAUGUUUAUUUCAUUCGUUUUCCAAAGCCAGGAGCAUUUAAAGAUGGCAUGACUGACUGGCAGAAGCAACAAGAAACGCAGAAAACUGAGAAGUGUAAGCGGUGGAUUCACGCUUGCGGUCGCAAAUCAUUUACAUUGUCGCAUAUCAAGAAGUACACAUACAUCUGUUCCUUGCAUUUUGUUGGAGGAAAUGGACCAACAGUUAUAAAUCCAGAUCCUAUCUUCGCUACAUCCUCAAAAGAAACAACUUCAAAGGUUAAUAAGACAAGGAAGGCACCGAAAGACCGAACUUUAUUACUAGGCCACCCAUCAUCAACUCGAAAACGAAAGCUAGGAGACGACACGGGCCUAUAUGAUAACAACUUCGAGAGUCAAGAUGAAGAUGAAUCGUGUUCCCGCGAUGACACACAGUUAGAAAUUGAUGAUCAAAAUCUGGAGCCAUUUCAAAAAGAUCAGGAAACACAAACUGUGUAUGAUAGGCAUAUCCUAGGGGCAAAGGUGGAAACAAUGAUGCUUAGGAACAAGGAAAUUCAAAAACAUCAGAGCAUCUAUAGACUGCACAGAGUUCAAAUGUGAGGUUCCACGUGAUUAUGGAAAACAAGGUAACAUGUAUUCAGCAUAUAAGCACCAUACAACUAUGAAAUGCCUUAUCGCUGUAAAUCCAAAUGGAGCUGCAGUGUUUGUAUCAGAUCUGUUUGAAGGCAGUGCAGAUGAUGUUAAAGUUUUUCA